GUAAAUUUGGCUUUCUUUUUGAUGACCCUCUGCAUUUUGAGAAACAGACUAUCCUCUCUCAACAGUGAAGUAUCUACCAUUCAGAAUGCAAGAAUGCUGACAUUUAAAGCAACAGCUCAGCUCUUCAUCCUGGGCUGCACGUGGUGUCUGGGCAUUCUACAGGUGGGUCCAGUGGCCCAGGUGAUGGCCUACCUCUUCACCAUCAUCAACACGCUGCAGGGUGUCUUCAUCUUCCUGGUCUACUGCGUCCUCAGCCAGCAGGUCCGGGAGCAGUACAGGACAUGGUUCAAGAAGAUGAGGAAAUUGAGAGCUGAAGCUGAGAUGUACACACUCUCCAGCAGGGCUGUUUCUGGCAUGUCCUAGCCCAGCACG